CAAAUGCUCACGUUUAUAAUUUUUGUCAGCUAGUUAUUCAAUCCACAUAGACUGAACCAAAAAUACUUUAUACAUUCAGCAACCAUGUAGAGUGCAUUUUUGUUUGUACAUUUUUCUUGCAAUGAUUAGAACGGUGAGUGGAUUGCCGUUAUGGGAGUGUAUCAUAGUGGUCACAAUAGUCAUGACCUGCAAAAAAUGGCAUUGGAGAAGUAUGAACGCAACUAUCACCAGCCUUUCCAACAUUUAACUAUGUGGGAAAAAAUCAAGGAUGAUUCAAAAUGGCUAGCCUCUUAUAAAAACAUGAUGGCAAAAAAAGGGAACAUGACAGAGACCGAUCUCCCAUCAAAUAUGAUCAACUUGGAGGCCGAGGAGCGCCCAAAAAAUGGUCGUGAUAAGGCUAAGGUUGAACGUGCUGGUAAAGGAAAGUCGGGAGGGAUCUCACAAGAGCUUGGAGAAAGGCUGGACAAGUUCAUCGAGGUUAACAAACAAUCAAUGGAGGACCGCCAAAAGGUGAUAGACAACCAGGUUCUUUUAUCAAAUCAACAGCUUGAAACCGCAAAGAUCAACAACAAGACAAAAAUGUUGGAUGUUUACUCGAAAAUGCUUUUAGCGGACACAUCUAAGAUGGAUGAUGCUGAAAAGGCUCGACGUGCUAAGGCUUUGAAUAGAAUGGAGGCCAUGUUAUUUUCUGAAGGAGAUUCGGGGCAAGGUGAUUGAAGGGAAAGAACUGGUGCACUAUGAAGCAUAUUAGAUUGUUCAGCUACAUUCGGUCAAGUAAUUGUGUCAACUUGGUGGAUCCUUAAUUGUUGUCUGGGUCAGUUUAUUGUCUGGACCUGAUGGAUUGUUAAGCGCUUUUGUUGUCCUGGUCAGUUUCUUGUGUUAGUCUGAUGGAUAAUUAUUAUGUGGACCUGAUUAGCUACUCUAAUUGAUGUGACCGAUCAGCUACUACGUGAGGUUGCUGUUACCUGAUGACCGAUCAA